UAGAAAAACAAAAACAUAUGUAGGUCCCUGACUCCAAGAAACCCACAGACAAAUGACUAAAUAACAGCUCUGGUAGAAACAAAUACAGCACUGGUAGCACAAGGAAACGCUGGGGAAAGCUGAGGAAGUUUUCGAAGAAAAGUAGGGCUUUAGAGGAUGAGUGGGAGCUGGCUAUUGACGGGUGCAAAAUGUUCAAAGGCUAGAAAGCAUGUUGUGAGCACAAAUGAAACUAGCUCUUUAAGACGCCUGCUUCUGGGGAGGCCUGGUUACAGGUUAACCCUAGCUGGUUUGGCUUUGAAGCCGCCAGUCAGAAUGACAUCACUGUGAUCAGGUUCCCUGGAUGGAAGGCAUUUGCUGGCUGUGUAACAAGGAAAAGGAAGUCCCAGAGAAGUCUCCCUUGCUUGCCCGGGAGGGGAGAACCAUGCAGGGCACAGAGGCUGGGAAGCCUAUAGUCAAAUUCAACCACUGUCAGAAGUCCAUCUACAGCUUCAGUGUGCCACCACGCUGUCCCCUCUGCAGGCAUGACGUAGGCUCCAGGAGGCUGGAGGAAGCUCCUAUCAGCAUCUCCAAUCCGUUUACCAACGGGCACCAUGAAAAGUGUUCAUUCCUCCUCAGACCCACUCAAGGGACCUUUCUUAGGGAGUAUGACGGAAGGUCUGAUCUGCAUGUGGGAAUAACCAACACAAAAGGAGUCGUCUAUAAUUACACGGUGCACGGUGUCCAGCGAGACAAAGCUGGCUGGGAGCAGAGUGUAAGCAUCCCGCUCCUGCAGCCUGGCAUGUUUGGACUGAUGGACCAGUGGGACAAGUACCUAGAAGACUUCUCCACCGCGGGGGCCUGGCUACCUCACAGGUAUGAAGAAGACCACCACAACUGCUACAGCUACACCCUCAUGUUCAUUAAUUGUGUCCUGACCACAGAGGGCAAGGAGAGAUUGGACAAGAAUGAGUUCACGGAGAAGUUCGUGGUCCCAAGGACAAGGAAGGCUUCCAAGUACAUCACACUCUACCGGGCGAUAGAAGAACGAGGCUUCUAUGUCACUGAUGCCCCUGAUCCUGGAGAAGCCCACCUUCUGGGAGCGGCUUAUGCUGAGUGCAGAGAUGGCACCAGGACGUUCUAGGCUUAUUGUCUUUAACAGCUACUGGGUCUCUAAUGUGUGAAGUGUGGCUAAUAAAAAAGUGUUGGAGCUUCCCUUUAUGCAUAUUUCAACUUACUGCAGCAGAAGAAUUUAUGAAAUAAAAAUUGUCCUGGGUUUUCAAAAGUG